CGACACGCGCGCGAAUUUGCAAAUGUUAACUUGACCCGCACAGGUUUGAUUGAGUUGUCAAUUAAUGUGUUCUAUUUUCCCUUUCAUGUGGCUUUUCUUUGUCAUUUUAGUCGGUGAUUUUAUUUACAUUGCAAAGUGCAGAACUCACGUGUUUCCAGUGCUUUUGUACUCACCUUAACUGUGAUAAUAAUUUGUUUGAAUAAAAUUAAAAGUUUUCUACGUAGUCAGUACCGUGUAAACGACCCCAUAUCUUACGAAGGACGCUUUGCUUUUUAAAUUUAUAGGAAACACAACUUUAACUCUUGCAACUCACAGUUGAAAUAAUUAAAUAAUUCUAUAACAGCAAUGCAAACAGUAGUAAAAAAAAAUGUUAAUAAAAUUUACAGUUACAAUUGUCAUGAAAACGUUUUUCUUCAAGACAUCAUUGUAAUCAUUGAAAUUGAGAUUGAGAAAGAAAAUUGUUUUUUUUUUUGAACAAGCUUUACCUUUAAAGCAUCACAUUGCUCAAGACAUAGUAUUUCUUCUAAUUGGAAGCAUUUAUUCCUUUUCCUGAAAAAAAUCAGUGUUCUGCAAAUGCAUGUUUGUAAAUACAUGUAAACUAAUUGUGGUCCGUUGACAAACAUCGUCAUGUUUAUUCGUUCAUCAAACAUCGUCAUGUUUAUUUGUUCUGCGAACUAACGGUUUUUGGUAAUUAGCCACUGAUUCAAAUGCCAGCAACAAUGCUACAGUUAGUAGCAACCCCUGACACUUGUGAUAAAAAUUUCUUAUCAGAUAUUCCAUAAUGUCUACUGAUAAUUGAACGCUAUUGAUCUUCCCGAUGAAACGUGUACACAGUUACAGUUAGGAGGAUCGAAGUCUGCACUCUGCAGUGCAAAGCUUGCAUAUCCACACUUCCGAAAUGGGAUGCGGAUGUAAGCGACUGCUGGAGUUUCCGAAAGUACGUCGUUGAUUGCUAAAUGCGCUUCAACAUGGGUAAGAUUUUGCACAAACAAUUAGGUGCCUGUAUUGAGGAUGACGUGCUUAGGUAAUAUCGCUUUAGUCGAGACGACUUAAGCCUGACUCGAUCCAGCAUAUUAUGAUAAACGAUGACUAGCGUGAAGAAUUCCUUUAUUGAGUGGCUUUCAAAGGGCGGCUCGGUCCGGCAGUUACAAGUAGUCAACUGCACGCUUUCGUAAAAUCAAAACAAUUGCAGGGAGAACAACUAACGCAACGACGAUCAAGUGCAAUGGAGGAUUUCAACAAUCUGUUCCAGGCGGAAAUGAUUGUUUCUGCAGGAUCAGCGGGCAUUUCAGUCGAUGAAAAUAUGAAUACCGGAGGAAUGAAGGCGUCUACGUUUUUAACAACUACCGCAACGGCUGCCACAUGUUACCAGCGGUUGUCCAAAAAUAGGAAGAACAUUGCACAGGAGGAGUUUCUGCCCACUUUCGAAGAAAGCGAGAAAAGUCCUAUCACAUGUGCCACCAGCACGACGACAUCAUCGAUUGGUACAUUCAAUAAGCUAGCAAACGGUAAUGACAGUCCCUCCCAUCAUACCUGUCAGCUCGGUAAUGGAUGCUGUGACAGCACGAACCGGAACUCGAACCCGGCCGAGUUGAACUGCGGCAAGCAGACCGUCUCGUACUACAAGCAACGCCAGUUACUCAGCUACGAUGACGCCCCAAAACACCUCCAAUUCAACCCGUUCAUCCGAACAGGCUACCGAACGAUUCUCUCUACCAAGCUCUGCCUGGAGAGCAUCUUCUGGUGGACGAACGAAACUAUCAACAUCUGGAGCCACAUUUUCGGCUGGUUUCUGUUCAUCGGGUUAACCUAUUCGGAUAUUAUGCUGCUGGAAAUGCAUGCGAGCAUGGUCGACAAGUUAAUAGUUGGUUCAUUGCUCGUAUGCUUUCAAGUUUGUAUGAUCUUGUCUUCCAUUUACCAUACUUUCUCCUGUAAAUCGGAACAAAGCUAUGAGUGUUUCCUGGCAUACGAUCUCUUUGGAAUUGCACUGUCCCUAUUGGCCAUUUUCAUCAGUGGAAUUUACUAUGCCUUCUGGUGCAAUGCGGCGCUUCGGAACUUUUACAUCAUUACCAUCGGUGUUAUCUUCACCGUAGCUAUGGUGUUGCAGAUUCCCCGCCUGAAAGUAAAUUCCAACGUCAAGAUGAUGGCCUUCGUUGCGUGGGCAGCAUACGGUGUGGUACCAACACUGCAUUGGUACAUAGUAAUGGGAGGUGCAGAAAGUACCAUGGUCAAGUUAUUCAUUCCACGCGUAAUGAUGAUGUACCUGCUGACGGGUACCGCCUUCUUGAUCUACGUCACAAGGAUACCGGAACGCUGGUUCGUUGGUAAAGUAGACUACAUUGGCCAUUCGCACAACUGGUGGCACUUGUUCGUGCUUGCUGCCCUGUACUAUUGGCACAAUAGUGGUUUGGCCUUUGCAUUUUUCAUGAUUGAUAACGGAUGUGUGGAGGAUAGAGAUAAAUGUUACCGUUUAUAAAUAAGCCAAAUAGAAGCGAAUUGAGUGCAAAAUGAGCACCAUUCCUCUUCAAUUGCUUAUACCUACAAUACAUGUAUCUAAUUGUGCAAAUAAUUCCGGUACUGUUGAUUAUUGGACAUGAUUUCAAUACCGUGCAUAGUGCGUUACACACUGAUAUCGUAUUCAUUUUUUGUUUGUUUCGGUGUUCGUUAAGGUUAUGGUAGCUUGUUAUAUUGAGGUUUAACAGCGCAUCUUGUGUUUUAUUUCAUGACAUAGAAGUUACUGCGAGAGUUUUCUAUCGAUUUAUUUAUUCAUGUUGUUCGCUUCUUUAAAGCAAAAUACUUUAUGUUAAACUGCCUGUUACAUACUGUUCGUGUUUUAACGAAAAAUACGUUUUAUGUUAACUUGGAUUUUUCUGGAUUGUUCCAAUCAAAAUCAAUAUAAAAUUAAUUAACUAAUUUAUUGCUUACCAUUACGGACAAUGUAUAAAAAUGAGUGAAAAAAGGUGCAUAGGAAAGUACUGGGAAAGCAUGUAUUAAAACCAACAGUCGAAAAAUACAAUCUAACCAAGACACCAGGAACCAAUGUUACUGCAGUUGUGCUGCUCUUAAUACGCUAACGUUCCGCGCAAACUACUUCAAACGCGAAAUUUGUCAAGUAAUCUUAUGAAAAUUUAUAGAUCACAUCGCUCGUGAUUGGAUUAUUUUUAACUGAAGAAAAUAUCAAGAAUUUUGAUUAGAAAAACUAAAACGCGUCGAAAAAGUGUAGUAAAAAAUUCGAUUCCCAUUGUUAGAUACACGAAAAAUGGAAGCACAUAUUUUAUAUUUAUUUAUAUAGACCAAAACCAGCUGCUCUAGAAAAGUUGCUGUACAUGCGCUGCACACUUCCAUGCAAGUUUUCAACAAACCAAUCACAGUUGAUUAGCAUUUUUCGAAUAACGUUCACAUUUGAAUUCAUCGCUAUUCGUUUACAUGGUUUUCCGCUUACUACAUUACACAUUUUUCGACCGGUUUUUCACCGGUUCAAGUUGGCUUUUACAAUGAUUCAAAAAAACCUCCACGCCCUCCCUCCUUUUUUAGGUAUGAUAUAUGCCGAGUUCAGAAUGACCCACGGGUGCUCUGCUGGGGUCCAGUAUUCCUGACCAGAUACAAAAGACAGACCACGGUCGCGUGGUGGGUAAGCGAGCGAGAGAGAGAGUGACUCAAAUGAGAUAUUUUUAAUAAGUCGUUGCUAGAUUUUACUGCACUGAACAGUCAAUUACUAUUAGUCGUUCAAUUUUGCGUCCUGUUCUAGUUGCAUAGAAUAGGUAAUGUUGCUCAAAUCUUCCAAGCCAAGCAUAGGCAUAAGUUUAGACAGUAAAAUAGCGAAAAAAUAAAGUUAAGAGGUUUACCAAUUCGCAGUACAAUACAAGAUGAUAUUUAUGCUGAAUCUCUCUAAUAGAAACAAAAGACGAGCUCGAAUAUCUUCGCAGGCUUUCAUUAUAUUAUAAUUAAAAAAACUUUA